CUACAAGUGGCCCAUCUUUCAUUGCAAUACAAUGGGAUUUCCGAAGUGCUGGCUCUUGCUGUGCCUUCUGCUGGGGAUCUCUAUAUCAGCGUCCCAGGGAAAGAUCUACCCGAGGGACAUUUUCCGAAAGAUUCCCAAAUUUCGACGCGUCUGGGGAGGAGUGGAGUCGAACACGGGACCCAACUUUGGGGGCUGGCUGCUGCGGAUCCUGAACAGUAAUGGGAACUUUGCCUGCGGGGGAGCCUACUACGCCCCGCUGCUCGUGAUCACCUCGGCGAAUUGUAUAUAUCCCUAUAGGAAUAGUAUUGAAGGGGCCACGGUGGAGGGCACCGCGUACUCCAAGUGCGAUAAAGAGAACAUAGCCGAGAUCGAUACCAUCCAGUUUCCCGAGAGAUUCAUCUACCACAAGCUCUACAUGGACGUGGCCCUCAUACGGCUGAAGGAACCGAUCAAGGGCCGACUCACCGAGUUCAUCAGGCUGUGCUCGGUGAAAGUGCAGCCGGGCAUGAAGAUGGUGGUCUUCGGGUGGGGUUACGACAGCUUCAUAGUGCAGAAACCCUCUUCGGACCCGCGAAACUCAUCAGUCACGGUUAUAUCCGUUAAGGAGUGCCGUCGGAAGUUCAGAACGGGCCUGAAGCUUUCGAGCACCUCGCUCUGCGUAAAGCAGCCCCCAAAUCAAAGGCAGUGCCUCUACGACGGCGGGAGUCCGAUGAUCUACAACAGGGAACUCUGCGGCGUGGUGUCCUUCGGAUCCAACUGCCAGGACAACUCCAAGCCCGGCAUGUACACCAAUAUCAGACGCGUGUCCCGGUUCAUUAGGGAAACCGAGGAGGGCAUUAAUGCCGGCUAUAUCUUCAGGUCCCCCAGACACCAUGAGAAAGAACCUCACAAAAGAAAGUCGACCACAGAGGUGAAGGGAACCAAAGCGAAAAUUGUACCAAAGACAACUAAAAAUUUGCCAAAGACAACCACUGUGGAUCCCUUGGAAGCGAUGGUGUGCUGA